UCACCUCUUGAAAUGCAGUAUAAAUUGAGGUAGUGGCUUUUUGUUGGAUCGCCGCCUCCAGUAGCUGGCUCUGCAGAAAGCAUCACAAGCAUAGGCAAAUUAGUGGAAAUGGAUCAUGAAGAUCAGAAAUGCCACUCUCGGGACCAGGACAAAUUGAUAGAAGAACAAGAUAAGGAUUCGUCAUCUGCAUCUCUGCCAAUGCUGACGGACCGCAGUGGGCAGGAUAACACUGGAGAGAGGCCUAUGCCAAACCAGACCGACAUUGUUAAAGCUCUUGAAGUGGUUGAGAGAGACUCUGUUGCUAUCGCCGAGAGUUUCACAUCUCUAUUUGCUUCGCUUCGCUUGGCUCUAUCUGAGGUAACUUCUUGCUCAACAGAUCAUAUGCAGUGCUUCAAUGAUGCUGCUGGACGCCUUCAAGAAUCUGUGCUUGAUGCAGCAACAAAAGGAAAUCGGUACAUAAAUUCCUGUCUAAGAUUAAAUGAAGAAAUGAAGGGCAUGGAAAGUCUAGCGACACAAUUAAAAAUUCUGAGGAGGAAUGUUGAUGCUUUAGAUUCUGCUGUCAACAAGCUUGUCUGGCUUCCAUGAUAUCGGAUAAGCUGUCGAUGCACUUCUGUUUCCCUACUUAAAGAUCUCUUCUUAUGAGAGUCCUAGUCUUGCCAACAUGAUACUUGAAGUGCUGGAGAGAGAGGAAAGAUGAUCACCUCACUUGUAAGAUUCAUUUUAGCCAUUCUUUUUGCAUCUCUUGCCGUUAGUUGUAUAUUAUCCUCCUGACUUUGGAUUGGUCUACCUUCUUCUCUCACGUAUUCAUUUUUCCCCUUUGUAUUUGAUCGUCUCAGCUUGCUGCGAUUUUUUGCAAUCACAGCUGAGUAGGCAGAAUGGCUUGUAAUGUGAGACUACUUGUGACAUGCCAUGCUCAUUUUAGGGAGGAAAUAUGUAAUUUUUGGGGCUCUGUUUACUUGAAUAGCCGAAUCUGAGCCCGACUUCUGACU